UCAACCGAGAAGGACCAAAUUGAAACAAAAUAUUGUUUAUCGCUAUAAAAUCAAAUAAAUUUUAUUAAGAAAAAACAAGUGAAUUAAAAAAAAUAAAUCUAAAUAUUUCGCAUUAUUUUCAGAUUAAAGUGUUUAGAAAAAUAUUGAAAAAAUGGUAGCUGAUGUAAAAACUGGAGAAAAAAGUGGCGGUGUAUCAACUACCAAUCUAACGGAUUAUAAUUCAACUACGAAACUCGCGGAAAAGGAUCUCGAGAGCUACGAUGAAUACAAUCCAUUUGAGCAUCGUGAAACGGAAAAACCCAAUUCAACAAUGGGCUCGCUCGCACAUUUACUAAAGUCAAGUUUAGGGACGGGGAUUUUGGCAAUGCCUGCUGCAUUUAAGAAUGCUGGACUGUUAUUUGGUGCACUUGGAACGAUAAUUGUUGGUCUCAUUUGUACACAUUGUGUUCAUAUUUUGGUAAAAACCUCACACAACGUUUGUAAGAAAACAAAGGUUCCUGUUUUGGGAUUUGCGGAGACAGCAGAACGUGUAUUUGAAUAUGGACCAUUGCCAUGCCGGAGGUUCUCGAAAGCAGCAAAAGAGUUUAUCGAUUAUGCAUUGAUGGCAACGUAUUAUAGUGCCGGUUGUGUCUACAUUUUGUUUAUCGCUGAAUCAACAAAACUUGCAACGGACUUGAUCCUCGACAUAAGUUGGGAUGUACGAAUUUACAUUGCGAUCAUCAUUAUUCCUGUACUGCUAAUUGGACAAUUCCGUUCUCUCAAAUAUUUGGUUCCCUUCUCAAUGUUAGCCAACAUAUUCAUUGUUAUCGUGUUCGGAAUAACCCUUUAUUAUAUGUUCAACGAGCCACUCGUCUUUUCCGAUAAGCCUCUGAUGACGAGUAAAAUUGCAACGUUGCCUUUGUUCUUCUCUACUGUUAUUUUUGCGAUGGAAGGUAUUGGCGCUGUGAUGCCUGUAGAAAACGAAAUGGCAAAACCACAACACUUCUUGGGAUGCCCGGGAGUCUUGAACACUGCUAUGUUUACCGUGAUCAUCUUGUAUGCUUCUCUUGGGUUCUUGGGAUAUGUGCGUUUUGGAGACGAAGUUAAAGGAAGUGUUACAUUGAACUUGCCUGCUGAUGACCUUCUGAGCCAAAUCGCCCAAUAUUUGAUUGCAACAGCAAUUCUUUUUACAUUUGGUUUACAAUUUUACAUCCCCAUGGAUAUUUUGAUGAAGAAAAUUAAGGAUAAAUUGCCGAAAAACAACAGAGGACUCAUCGAAGUUUCCUUGAGAACGGUUAUCAUGUUACUCAUGGCUUGUGUCGCAGUUGCUGUGCCCGAUCUUGAGCCCUUCAUCUCAUUGGUUGGUGCAAUUUUCUUUAGUACUCUUGGUCUUUUGGUUCCAAGCAUCGUUGAAACAGUAUUCCAUUGGGAUGAUUUGGGACGCUUCAAUUGGAUUUUGUGUAAAAAUAUCAUUUUGGGGGUCUUCUCCAUUCUUGCAUUGAUCGCUGGAUCUGCCGUCAGUAUAAAUAACAUAAUCAAUAUCUACUCUGGCGACAAGGAAAACCACACCGAGUAAAUGUUGACAAUACACUCGCAUGCCCAGUUUUUGAAAAUUUUCUUCGAACAAUAUUUUUUAAUAAUUUAUUACUUUUAAGGGAUAAACUUUUUAAGAUAUAUUUUUUUGUUUCUCUAUCUUUUUCUUGUCUCAACAAAGACAAAGCAAAAAGGUCAGGUGAUAUACAUAUGUAAUUUUAAAUACACUUUUUAUAUUGCUAAAUAAGUUAAGAGUUAGCUUUUGACAAAAGUUUAGUUUUAGCUAUUUUAUUUACUAUGUAUAAUGAAAAAUAGAAUGAGGAAUAGAAGAAUUCUUUCAAGUCAGUGAUUGUGUUCUUCUUCUUAGUUUGUGUACAAGUGAAAGUGCCUGUAAAUAAAAAUUACCUACACUUAGAAGAUACUUUAAACAUUUAAGUUUUAUAA